CGUGGUGCCGCUCCGCCAGCUCGGGCAGCGCCGUCCUCGCCCGCCCUCCCCGCGCCGAGGCUGCCCACGGAAUGAGCGUCCCCGGGGCGGCUGCCGCUGCCGCCUCCACUCGGGCUCCGGCGGGCGGGCAGAGAGCGCGGCUGCCGGCGCGGUCGCUGCGGCGGGAGCGGAGUGAAUGACCGAGAGGAGCGGCGCGGAGAGGCAGCCCCGGGAUCAGGAUGCGGGCGCCCGCCAGCAUCCUCAACCUCCUGCUGCUGUCCUUGCUGGCCGGGCUCGAUCCCUCCAAGACUCAGAUUAGCCCCAAGGAAGGGUGGCAAGUUUACAGUUCAGCCCAGGAUCCUGAUGGCCGUUGCAUUUGCACUGUUGUUGCACCUGAACAAAACCUAUGUUCUAGAGAUGCCAAAAGCAGGCAACUCAGACAACUACUAGAGAAGGUUCAGAAUAUGUCCCAAUCUAUUGAAGUUUUAAAUCUACGGACUCAGAGGGAUUUCCAGUAUGUUUUAAAAAUGGAAACACAAAUGAAAGGGCUGAAGGCCAAGUUCCGGCAGAUUGAAGAUGAUCGGAAGACAUUAAUGACAAAGCACUUUCAGGAGUUGAAAGAAAAGAUGGAUGAGCUCCUGCCACUGAUCCCAGUUCUGGAACAAUACAAAACUGAUGCCAAGUUGAUCACACAGUUCAAGGAGGAAAUUAGGAAUCUGUCUUCUGUGCUCACUGGGAUUCAGGAAGAAAUUGGUGCUUAUGACUAUGAAGAACUACACCAGCGUGUAGUCAAUUUAGAAACCAGGCUUCGUGACUGCAUGAAAAAGCUCACAUGUGGCAAACUGAUGAAAAUCACAGGCCCCAUUACAGUGAAGAUAUCUGGAACCCGAUUUGGAGCCUGGAUGACAGAUCCAUUGGCAUCAGAGAAAAAUAACAGAGUCUGGUACAUGGAUAGUUACACUAACAAUAAAAUUGUCCGUGAAUACAAAUCAAUCGCAGACUUCGUCAGUGGGGCCGAAUCAAGGACAUACAACCUUCCAUUCAAAUGGGCAGGAACCAACCACGUUGUCUACAAUGGCUCCCUCUAUUUCAACAAGUACCAGAGCAACAUCAUCAUCAAGUACAGCUUCGACACGGGGCGGGUGCUGGCGCAGCGUAGCCUGGAGUACGCUGGCUUCCACAAUGUCUACCCUUACACUUGGGGUGGCUUCUCCGAUAUCGACCUGAUGGCGGAUGAAAUUGGGCUGUGGGCUGUGUAUGCCACCAACCAGAAUGCAGGCAACAUUGUCAUCAGCCAGCUGAACCAGGAUACGCUGGAGGUGCUGAAGAGCUGGAGCACGGGCUACCCUAAGAGAAGUGCUGGAGAAUCUUUCAUGAUCUGUGGCACCUUGUAUGUCACUAACUCGCACUUAACGGGAGCCAAGGUCUACUAUUCCUACUCCACAAAAACCUCCACUUAUGAGUACACAGACAUUCCUUUCCAUAAUCAGUAUUUUCAUAUAUCCAUGCUUGACUACAAUGCAAGAGAUAGAGCUCUCUAUGCCUGGAAUAAUGGACAUCAAGUCCUGUUUAAUGUCACACUUUUCCACAUCAUUAAAACUGAGGAUGACACAUAAUUUUAUUUCCCUUACCCCUCCCUCCCUCAAAGCAGUCUCAUUUGUGAUUAACUCUAAAAGCAUCCAUUUCUCUCAGUUCCUUUUAAUUUACAUUUCUUUCUUCAUUAAACAAAAGCAACAUUUUCUUCUAUGUAAUGCAUCUCAAAUAUGGCUGAACCUGUCAAAAAUGAUCUGUCAGAAAUAAAAAGCAUCUUAACUCAUGAUUCUGCAAGGUCUGUCAAGACCUUGUCUUGAAAAGCACUAAAGAGGAUUUAAAUGGCUAAAGAGAGUUUUUAAAAGAUUAUGAUCUGCCUUAUUUUAGAGUCAGAGACUAAUGGUGGCUUAAAUGCAUGAAUGUCUUUUUUUACCUCAUUUUUUGUUUUAAUAUAUUGCUUAACUUCAGGAAAUAUUUCAGUAGUGUCAGACACAUAUUGCACAUUGUAUUUUUUUAUUUAUUCAGAAAAAAAAAUUAGUAGGAACUUAAUUUUCUUAGACAAAACAUAUGAUUCAUUUUGCCAUCAUCCAAUUUCAGAUGUGGUGCUGUACAGUAUGUUUUUAAAUCUCUUGCAAACAUUUUAUCAACAGUAUGUAUUUCUACCAUUGUAACCACCAUUGUGCAAUUGUAUCUCUUCACUUAUGUGAAAGUAAACUAAGACUAUUUUUUAUAAAAUAUAUUGAAGCUUAAUUGCA